AUUGCCUUGGGACUUGCUUCGGUUUAAUUCUUUCACUUCGAAUAGCAUCCACAAACGCCAGAAGAUACAGAGAGCGCGACAUGCCGAUGAAUGAUUUUAUUUCAUGUACUAUAUAUGUAUGUUCGGAGAAACAAAAGCACGGAAUCACAUUUUAAUUAUUUUGCUAUUUUAGAGAUUUUUUAAAUACUAAUUUUUUAAGGUUUUUUUAGCUUUUAGCAGAAACAACCUAGAACAAAUAGGUGUAUUAUAAAAAUUCCCUGUUUUCCAACCACAGGAAUGUCAUGAACGGCACCCCACUCUCAGCAUGGAAUGGGAAUGUUGCGAGUACUCAUUUAUGGAAUACUUUGGCAGCCCAUCGGGGAAAUAUUCAAAUAUGGCAUAUUAUAAGAAUUAAUCGUCAUACCAUUUCACGAACAUCUACUAAAUCCCCUCCCAGUAUGAAACUUAGAAUCAAAAGAAAAUAUAGAGAAAUACUUUUUACCCAUAGACCCAUAGACCCAUAGAGGGCCAAAGGUUUUUCUAGGCUGGGCUGGGUUUCCGACCAAACACGGAUGCGCCCAGUUAGUUACGGCGUUCCAAUUCCUACGAAAUGAACUUCAGGCGGCACGUGCCGCUUGAUUGCUCUUGCCCCUAAAUUUCCCAUCUCGUCCGAACUCCCUAUCGCGACCGCAUGCCACCGUGAAGCGCCGCCAUAUCGAAAUGGAGCCUCUGCCUGGCACACAGACAUAGAAUCCACACCCAUUCCCCAUUCCAACCCAUCCUCCAUUCCGGAGUUCUGUUGUGCGAGUCAAAAAUAAACAAAUGGGGACUUCUGAGCCAGCGGCAGCGACGCAACGUCUGCCCCUUGACUGAUGACGAUCGUGUGUUGCCGAGGAACUGGAUAUGGAGCUGGAACUGGAGCUGGAGGUGGAGUGCAGGGAGCGGCAGUUUGACUAUUUAUGAUGUAUUUCUCGGUUAAUUAGUUGCAGCUGAAAACAGACGGAAUGGACGUGGGAUGUACGGGGGAUGGGAUGAGCAUGAUGGGCAUGAGGCAAUGCAAUGCUUCCGCAUGCAUUUGUGAGGCAUCGUCAUCAUCGUUGCCGUGGGCAUGUCCAACAAGAAAGUGCGUGUUUCGGCAGUCUACCAUAUUUUUGCUAUAUUUGGAAGCGUUGAACAUUGUGCCCCGCUUGAUCGGUGAUGGAUGCCUUCGCCUUUUCAUCAUUUAUCUUCGAGUGCUGCCGCAUGGGCUAAUGGAAGGGAAAUGCGUUCCAGGAACUGGAGCGGAACGACGACGCUGCCACUGCACCCGUGAUGCAGUCUGCAGACAGCAAACUCAUGAUCACAUGAUGCCGCACUUUUGGCUGGAAUAAUUAAACAAAACUCUGGACUGAAAACCGAACUAUAAAAGCCCCCGCCCCACUCAUCGCCACCCAAAGCGAAUCGGAACAUGAGACUCCAACGGGUGGCCGUGGACGCACUCUGGCUACUCCUCUGCUGCGGCUGGGCGAUGGCCAAGCCCGCCCCUGAACUGGACGAGGAUUGCGAACAGAAUUCCAUCGAUACAAUGCACGACUUUUGCUGCGAUCUGCACGACGAAAGCCCCCAUUUCAGCGACUGCCAGAUGGAUUGGCACGAGAAGAUCCACUACAGGACGGAACAGGAGGAGCAGACGUACAUGUUUUGCACCGCCGAAUGCACUUUCAAUAGCACCGAUUUCGUGGGCAGCAAUCGCCAGUCGCUGGAUCUCGCAGCGGUUCGGGAACAUUUGGAGAGCGAACUGGCCAACGAUGAGGAUGAGGCCCUGCUCUAUCAGACAUACAGCCAGUGCGAAAAACACGCCCUCUCGUUGCUGCCCCACAAGAGCGUUAAGUUGCUGGCCAAGCGCAUGGCUAGUUUCGGAUGCCAUCCGUUUGCCGGUCUUGUCAUGGAGUGUGUGGCCAACGAGAUGAUCCUAAACUGCCCGGCCAGGCGCUUCCAUCAGACGCCGCAGUGUGUGGAGACCCGCAACCAGCUGCGCCAAUGCAAGCAGUCCCUGAAGUACAUAUCCUAAAGUGAUCCGGGGUGAAAUAAAAAGAGGAACAUGGGAA